GUGUCGAAUGGAAAUUACAAAGAUGCCAGACAUACGCUGGAUAGUUAUAAAGGCGGCCACCUUGCGAUCGGUGCGCUAGUGACCUAGUGUGCACUGGCCGUCGCCCGCACGCCGCGCACAGUCAGUGGCUGAGGUAACAUCGCAGACCGCACCAAGAAUGCACAGGGCACGGACAAUCUUCAAGACCCUGACGGGUCCGCAGGGCCAAAAAUUGGGCGCGUGGUUGCUCGCGCGCAAGAAUGGCCCGUCGGUCCUCUGUGUGGCUCCGCUGCGCGAAUACACCACGCCGGCGGCAUCCGAGCCCUUCCUCAACGGCAGUUCGACUUCAUAUGUUGAGGACAUGUACAAUGCAUGGCUUGCAGAUCCAAGCAGUGUCCAUGCUUCAUGGGAUUCGUACUUCAGGAAUUCCCAAGGUGGAGGCGGUUAUCAAGCGCCGCCGUCAUUAGGGCUACCGGGCCGCAACGAAGUAGCGAUUUCAUCGCUCUUGCCGAGUUUGUCCGGUGGAGUUAGCCUUGGCGCUCCUGUCAGUGAUAAAGUCAUCGAUGAUCACCUUGCCGUACAGGCCAUCAUCCGCAGUUAUCAGAUACGCGGCCACCACAUAGCUAAGCUGGACCCGCUGGAGAUCAACAGUGCAGACUUGGACGAUAAAACGCCCCCGGAGCUGCUUUAUUCGCACUACAACUUUGUCCGAGAUGGCCCAUCAAGAACAUACAGCCAAGAAUUGGUGAAGCAGGUGCGGCAUUUAGCACAACAGGAGACCGACAUGGACAGGACUUUCAAGCUGCCGUCCACCACUUUCAUCGGCGGCAAGGAUAAGGCCCUACCGCUGAGGGAGAUUCUGCGUCGUCUUGAGCUGACCUAUUGCCGGCACAUCGGCGUGGAGUUUAUGUUCAUCAACAGCUUGGAACAGUGCAACUGGAUCAGGCAGCGGUUGGAAACACCCGGGAUUAUGAAUCCCACCAACGAACAGAAGAGGUUGAUCCUCGCGCGUCUUACCAGAGCCGCUGGUUUUGAAAGUUUCCUGGCCCGUAAAUGGUCUUCAGAGAAACGUUUCGGUCUGGAAGGCUGUGAAAUCCUGAUUCCAGCGAUGAAACAAGUCAUCGACAGGAGUACUGAGUUUGGUGUGGAGAGCAUCGUCAUGGGAAUGCCUCACCGUGGUCGUUUGAAUGUACUUGCCAACGUUUGCCGCAAACCACUCAGUCAAAUCUUCACCCAGUUUGCUGGAUUGGAAGCAGCCGACGACGGUUCCGGCGAUGUCAAAUACCAUUUGGGUACUUACAUUGAACGAUUGAACCGCGUGACAAACAAGAACAUCCGUCUGGCCGUCGUCGCCAAUCCAUCUCAUCUGGAAGCCGCUGAUCCUAUUGUUCAGGGCAAGACCCGUGCCGAACAGUUCUACCGCGGUGAUGGUGAGGGCAAGAAAGUCAUGUCUAUCUUGCUGCACGGUGAUGCCGCUUUUGCCGGCCAGGGCAUCGUCUACGAGACAAUGCACUUGUCAGACUUGCCAGACUACACCACGCAUGGCACCGUGCAUAUUGUCGUCAACAACCAAAUUGGUUUCACCACCGACCCGCGUCACUCGCGUUCGUCGCCAUACUGCACGGAUGUCGCACGCGUCGUCAAUGCACCAAUCUUCCACGUUAACUCCGAUGACCCGGAGAGCGUGAUGCACGUGUGUAACAUCGCCGCUGAAUGGCGCGCGACUUUCCACAAGGAUGUCGUUAUUGAUUUGGUGUGCUAUCGUCGCAAUGGACACAACGAAAUCGACGAACCCAUGUUUACUCAACCCUUGAUGUACAGAAAGAUCAAGAAGACCAAGCCCGCGCUGGAAAAGUACUCCGAGCAAUUGAUUGCCGAAGGCGCUGUUACCCCCGAAGAAGUCAAAGACGUCAAGGAUAAAUACGAAAAAAUUUGCGAAGAAGCACUUGAAAAGGCUCGUGAAGAAACUCACAUCAAGUACAAGGAUUGGUUGGACAGCCCAUGGUCCGGCUUUUUCGAGGGUAAGGACCCCUUGAAAGCCAGCCCCACUGGCGUAAUCGAAGAUACUCUUGUCCACAUCGGCAAGAGGUUCUCAUCCCCACCACCGAAUGCAGCUGAAUUUGUCAUUCACAAAGGUGUUGAACGUAUUCUGAAGGCACGCAUGGAAAUGGUUGAAAACCGCAUGACCGACUGGGCCCUUGGCGAAGCCAUGGCCUUUGGUUCCCUCCUCAAGGAGGGUAUCCAUGUGCGCCUUUCUGGUCAGGACGUCGAACGUGGUACCUUCUCGCAUCGUCACCAUGUUCUCCACCAUCAAAACGUAGACAAAGCCACCUACCGGCCAUUGUGCAACCUGUAUCCUGAUCAAGCUCCUUACACUGUAUGCAACAGCUCGCUUUCCGAAUUCGGUGUUCUUGGUUUUGAACUUGGUUUCUCCAUGACCAACCCCAAUGCUUUGGUUAUCUGGGAGGCACAGUUUGGUGACUUUAACAACACCGCUCAGUGCAUCAUCGAUCAGUUUAUCUCGUCAGGCCAAGCCAAGUGGGUGCGUCAAAGCGGUCUUGUUAUGCUGUUGCCUCAUGCCCUUGAGGGUAUGGGUCCCGAGCAUUCAAGCGCUCGCCUCGAACGCUUCUUGCAGAUGUCCUCUGAUGACCCCGACUAUUUCCCACCUGAGUCGGACGAGUUUGCCGUCAGGCAGUUGCAUGAUAUUAACUGGAUUGUUGCCAAUUGCACCACACCCGCCAACCUGUUCCACAUCCUGCGUAGACAGAUUGCGUUGCCUUUCCGAAAGCCCCUGAUCAUCAUGACGCCAAAGAGCUUGCUGCGUCACCCCGAGGCCAGGAGCAGUUUUGAUGACAUGAAGGAGGGCACUGAAUUCAAGAGAGUUAUUGUUGAUGCUGGAGAAAGCGCAGCCAAUCCCGACGGUGUCAAGAAAUUGUUGUUCUGCUCUGGUAAAGUGUACUACGACCUGAAGAAGGCUCGUGAUGAAAGAGGACUCAGCAAGGAUAUUUCGAUUGCUCGUGUUGAACAGAUUUCGCCGUUCCCAUACGAUUUAGUGAAAGCUGAAUGCGCUAAAUACCCCAAUGCCAAGAUCUUCUGGGCGCAGGAAGAACACAAGAACCAAGGUGCAUGGACUUACGUCCAGCCCCGCUUCUACACCGCCCUGACUGGCUCCCGCGACGUUAAUCAGCCGCAGAAGGGAGGUUGGUUCAGUUCGUUGUUCGGUAGCAAACCGGAACCAAAACCUGAACCAAAAUCCGAGACUGAACCUGAGCCACGCGAAAUCGGCUACAUCGGCAGACCAACAGCCGCCAGCCCCGCCACCGGCAGCAAGGCACAGCAUCUCAAGGAGGUUGCUAGCCUUUUGGACGACGCUACGCACUUGUAAAUCGCGUUGCGCUAAUAUCUAUUUCGCGAAAGAUAAGUAUUAACGUUUUUCGACUCGGCGAUCUUUGCGAUUUUUUUGGUUACCGUCGCGACGCGCUCACUGGGUGUAGCGGAAUCAGCUGUAAUCAGUAAUAAGUAUGAGUAAUAACAAUUAAAUUUGCACCAAUAGUUGAAUUGAUAAAUCAAAUUAUCUAAUGUAAUUAUGAACCAUUUGUACAUACCUAGUACAAUUGACGGGUGUCUCUUUGUUGGCUUUCUUUUCGAGCGGACGCGUCGAAAUUUUACGCGAGUAAACACUUUAGUUUUAUACUUGUAAGGAACGCGCGCCCUCGCGUGCGAGAGGCGGUGCAAUCAACUACAUAUUCUUCUUCGUUUUUAAGUAACUUAAUUAAAAUGUAAUAUUUAUUUAUUGUAAGAAUGGAUGAUAUUGUUGAAUGACA